UUNUUGUUCCUAAAUUCAGACCUUAUCCACCAUAUAAAGAUAAAUAAGAUAAUGAACCUGUGUAAGUUGAAAAAGCAAAGAUGACUCAAAGAGUUUUCAAAUCUUAUGAAGAAAAGUACAGUGGUGUUUUUGAAUACAGUGUUUAUGGAUUUGCCAAAGGUAAUAAAUUAAAGAAUGUUACUGAAUGGACCUCACUUGUAAGAGUCACUCAAAAUACACCAGAUAUUUAAGCUGAUAAUGAUAAUGCAGGAGAUAGAACUCUUUCCAUCUUUAUUGAUAAAGGUGUCUGGUAUUUCAGUACUUAUGAUUAUGGAGAUAUUGAAACUAUAGAUGAUGAUUAAGGAUCAAGUAUAUUUUAUUAUUUAUAUUUUAGUUGACAAGAAAUUUGAUAUUGGUAAAUAUUGGGGCAAAUGGACUUAUUUCUACUUUGGAUAUUCCUUCCAUCUUAAAUAAGCUUAUGCAUAUAUUCGUUAAAUCGAUUAAACAUCUAAUUCCUACCUUUUUGAAGAUGUCUAUCAUUUUGUACCCAACUAUUUGAGUGUAUUCUUCUCUGAAGAUGGUUAUGGCAAAUAAUUUGAUGUAUUCAUAUUUCUUAUAUCCUUAGGGUGAAGCCUUUGAUUGGUAUUUGGGAAUAGGCGAUGGUGCAUUCACCACAACUCCAGAACCUAGAGAAUGGCCUGUUGAUCCUGCUCCUCCUCCAGAUAGAAUACUGUCUGCUCUACUUGCUAACCAAGGAUUUAACUCAGGUAGAAUUAUCAAAGGUGGAGCAACAUUCUUACAAGUUGAAGGAUCUGUCAAUUUAAUUUAAGAGAAUGAAGAAUGA